AUGUCGUCGGACACGUCUCACGCGUUUUGCCUGAAGCUAAACAAUCACCAGCGGUUCCUGACCGGCGCCUUAGCCCAACUGUACGCCAAUGAGGCGCUGGUAGACGUGACCCUAUCGGCCGAGGGUCAGCAGCUGAGGGCCCACCAGCUCGUGUUGGCCGCCUGUUCACCAUAUUUCAGGCGCCUGUUCGCCGACACCCACCACAGGCCCGUCCACUAUCCCAUUGUCGUGAUUAAGGGCAUGCCAUUCGCCGAUCUUAAGGCUAUUGUUGAGUUUAUAUACUGGGGAGAGGUAUGCAUACCGCGCCGGCAGCUCCAGUCGUUGUUGGCUAACGGCGCUGAGCUACAGGUUAAGGGUCUCCAUGAGUUUGAUAUGGAUAACUGGGCGGACAGUGCCGGCGCUGCCAUUGACGACGAUGAGCAGGAGGUGGCGGCAGAGGAUGAAGAGGAAGAGGUUGUCGACGAGUCGAUCGGCGGCGACAAACAGGCCGUCAAAUCGGUGGGAAAGGGACGCCUGAAUGCGUGCGAAAGUGACGAAAACGGAGCCGUUAGCGCCCGAAAGCAAACCCGGAAGUUGAGGGGUAGGGCCGGCCCCUCAAAGGCAGCCAAUGGCGACGCUAACGGCACCGAUACGUGGCCGACUAGUAUCGCACUGCUAAUGGAUUGGGAUGUGAAUGGCAGUGAGGCUAAGAAAUCAAUGACCGAUGACUCGCCGACCAGCAGCAGCAGCACCGGUAGUAAUAGCGGCGAUACGUCGGUGCCCUUCAAUGUGGUCGACCAGUCGAUGAGCAUUGAUGUGAAACACAUCGUCAAUAUGAAGGAUAAUGAGACCGAGGAGGACAACACGGCUGACUCGUGCAGUAGUGGCGAGUCUACCGGCGCUGCUGUCGGCAAUGAUAUCGACUCCGACGAUCCCUUUCCGCUAAACCUCGAUAUGGACUCAAAAGGGCAGCCAAUUCGUGGCACAAGUAGUCCACCGAAACAGACAGAUAGUGGCCAAAACACACUGGAGCUCAAUCUACCGGCGCCGGUAGCCCUCGAUGAGAGUUCAGACGACCUCUCAUCGGAUACGAUGGACACCGCUAUCGACACCCCAGUGAUAGCUGAGGGCCGACCGAUGGUCGUCAAAAGGCUGUCCACUAAGGGGUCGUCCAAAAAGCGGGUCCAACGGGUGUCCAAAGCGGGAAUACCCCGUAAGGGGAACUCCGUUCGCUCACAGAAAAAGUUCAAGUGCCCCGAGUGUCACAAGAUAUACUUGAGCCCCCAGAAUAUGCGGGAACACCUACACAACACCCAUACAAACCCCGACCAGAAGUAUGUCUGUACGAUAGGGGUUCUGGAGGGAGGCUAUUAA